AAAGCAUAAGAAGAAAAAUUUUAGAAAGAGAAGCAAACAAAUGAACGAAUAAAAAGUAAAGGAAAAACCCAAGUACAAAAAAAAAAAAGGAGGAAAGUUGUGUCGCAGUCGAAGCUGUUGCCUCUGCCCCCGUGUCUUUCUGUCUUCCGAUACCCAGUUUCCGACGACACCCAUUUUCUGGUCAGUGGCAAUGGAUUUUUGUAGGAAAGGAAGGUGGGAGAUGAAUACUAGCGCCACCAGUUGAAUUGAGUUUUCAAUUUCCAAUUUGUGAGCUGCUAAAACUCCAAAGUCCAAACACAAAGGCAGAAAACUCCCCCCACAUUGCUGGAGGAACUACUUUGUUGCUUUCUUUCCUGACAUUCUUUGACCUACAUUUGUAUGCAAAGUAAGGAGAAUCCAGAUUUAUAUGCAUAUCCAUUCUCAUUCCAAGAAAAAUAGAUACAGAUGGUAGAGUAGAGAAGUAAAGGCUGGUUAAGCAUUCUCAGUGGCUCUGCUCUUCUAUCUCUUUAGUUUCUAUCAAGGGGAAGAUCCGUCAGAUGCCCCAUCAGAAGCAACGCUCUAGGAUAUGAUAGAUCAAUUCAUCAAUUUUGUCAUUCGCCCUCCCAGGGCGGAUUAUAACCCAGAUCAGUAUUUGUGGGAGAAGGAUUUCACUCUUGCUGGUAGAGCAUACAAGAGACAAGACUUGGAGCUUACAAAUGUAAGGGGUCAUACCUUGCAGUGUAGCCAUUAUGUGCCAUCACCUUUUCCUGAAGACACUCCUCUUCCUUGUGUUAUAUACUGCCAUGGAAACAGUGGAUGCAGGGCAGAUGCAAAUGAGGCUGCAGUAAUUCUUCUACCAUCAAAUAUUACUGUUUUUGCUCUUGAUUUUUCGGGUUCUGGCUUAUCUGAUGGUGAAUAUGUUAGCCUUGGCUGGCAUGAGGGACAUGACCUCAAGGUUGUGGUUUCAUAUCUAAGAAGCAAUCAACAAGUAUCACGGAUAGGCCUCUGGGGACGAUCAAUGGGGGCAGUUACUUGCCUUCUUUAUGGAGCAGAAGAUCCAUCCAUUGCUGGAAUGGUGUUGGAUAGCGCCUUCUCUAAUUUAUUUGAUCUAAUGAUGGAACUUGUAGAUGUGUACAAAAUUCGGCUUCCAAAAUUUACUGUUAAGAUGGCAGUUCAGUACAUGCGGCGAGUAAUUCAAAAGAAGGCAAAAUUUGAUAUUAUGGAUCUUAACUGUCUAAAGGUUGCACCCAAAACAUUCAUUCCUGCUUUAUUUGGACAUGCUAGUGAGGACAAAUUCAUUCAGUCCCACCACUCUGACCUUAUCUUUAAGUCCUAUGCAGGGGACAAAAAUAUGAUAAAGUUUGAUGGUGAUCACAACUCGUCCCGACCACAGUUUUAUUAUGAUUCAGUUUCCAUUUUCUUCUUCAAUGUCCUUCACCCUCCUCAUUGUUCUGCUUCUUCAAGUAAGCUUGAGAAGUAUUACAAUUUGAGCGAUUUGAAGAGCCUCUUAUGUGAGAUAAUCACAGGCCUCCGUUCUGCAUUUACUGAUGCUGCAAGUUCAUCUUCUGCCCCUCCUAGCUUUCCAACCACAAAACCUGUUAGUGAACUUCUCUCUGAAAUCAUGCCUGUUACUAGUAUUUUAGUGGACUCUUCUGUCAAUGAAAGUGAUAGGCUCAGCAGUGACGAACCAUCAAAGUUGCAGGAUAAGCCAAAUGGUCAGAGUGAGGAAUGUUGUUCAUAUACCAGCUCAAAUAGAGAGAGUUGGGGAAGAUGCUCUUCCCUCGGAGGCAGUGAUGAAGAAUCAUCUGCUGAAUGCAGAACUACUGACAAAAGCCAUGAGAUGACUCUAAAGGCUUUUGCUACUCCUCUAAGAAGCAUACAACAGACCCCAAACCCAGCAAAAGAAGAAAAGAAAAAGAAGAAGAAAACUCUAACAGUUCCAAAGAAGCUCAAGGGUGAGAAAUUUGAAAGGCUUGAGGCCUUUGGUAAGCGACUGCGCCAUUGCAUUCUAAAGCGAGUAAAUCAUCAAAGACAUUGUUCUUCAUGACUGCUGCUGUACCAUAGGAACAUGUUUAUAGUUUUAACUAUCAGGUUAUCUUUAAAUAUUACUUUCUUUUACUUUCUUUCACCUUAUGCCCUAUGUACUUGUAGCUAACAGGUAUUGAUUCUCUUAUGAUUUCUGGGCGCGUUAUGGCCAAACUUCUUGUUAAUGCCAAUGGUAAUGGAUCUCUGGAACUCUUCUCA